UGUUUUGUUGAUCCGUCAUCAGGCACAGUGCAGUUGGGUUGUGGUGGCCGAGAGGUGUGUUCGCCUUUCGCGUGGAAGUAAUUCGUGGAACGUUUGUGUGUAUGUGCGGGCGCGUGUGUUCUGAAUGAACAAUAGAAACAUGAUGCUAAGAACCAAAAGAUAAUACCUGCUUUCACACGACCUAACCUGGUAAAAUAAGUUCGUUUUACAGGUUGUGUGAAUACUAGCCACCAGAAGAUUGUUUUGAAUCUCUUCGAACUGUCAGGUCCACUCGGUGCUAUCGUGAUCAAGCCAGUAUAAAUAGUUUAAUCGUGCGAUAAUUUUAACAACCAUGAGGUUAGUAGAGAGGAAAAGUGUAACUUCCUUCGUGUGCCUAUUCUCUGCGUUAUUUUCCGUCGUCGUGUGUCGGCAAGCGAAAGUGUAUCACAAUCAGUUCGCAGUGCAUGUUCCAAAAGGAUUGGCAGCUGCAGACGAAAUAGCUUCGAAGCAUGGUUUCAAGAACAUCGGACAGAUCGGCAGUCUUCCCAACUACUUCCUGCUGGAGCACCGCAGACUCAGCAAGAGGUCGCUGACCCCCAGCGAGCACCACCACGCGCGCCUGUCCCAGGAGCUGGAGGUGGCGUGGGUGCAGCAGCAGCACGAGAAGGUGCGCAAGAAGCGCGACUUCGAGGACUUCCAGUCGUUCAGCGACUUCCCGUCCUUCUUCGGCGGCUCCGGGGCGGCGUCGCAGCGCCACGUGCAGUACCGCGGCAUCGGCGCGCGCGACCUCUUCCCCGACCCGCUGUACAAGGAGCAGUGGUACCUGUUCUCCCCACAGAACGGUGGCGCCAAGGACGGCUUCGACAUGAACGUGAACCCCGCGUGGAGGAAGGGCUACACGGGCAAGGGGGUCGUCGUGUCCAUUCUCGACGACGGCAUCCAGACCAACCACCCGGACCUCGCCCUCAACUACGACCAGCUGGCGAGCACGGACAUCAACGACAACGACGACGACCCCAUGCCGCGCGACAACGGCGACAACAAGCACGGCACGCGCUGCGCCGGCGAGGUGGCGGCCGUCGCCUUCAACAACUACUGCGGCGUGGGCGUCGCCUACAACGCCAGCGUGGGAGGGGUGCGCAUGCUGGACGGCACGGUGAACGACGCCGUGGAGGCGCGCGCGCUGGGGCUGAACCCGGACCACAUCGACAUCUACAGCGCCUCGUGGGGGCCCGAGGACGACGGCAAGACCGUGGACGGGCCCGGCCCGCUCGCCCGCCGCGCCUUCAUCUACGGCGUGACCAGCGGUCGCCAGGGGAAGGGCUCCAUCUUCGUGUGGGCCUCGGGCAACGGGGGCCGUCACACCGACUCCUGCAACUGUGACGGCUACACCAACAGCAUCUUCACGCUGUCCAUCUCCAGCGCCACGCAGGGCGGGUACAAGCCGUGGUACCUGGAGGAGUGCAGCUCCACGCUGGCCUCCACGUACAGCUCGGGCACGCCGGGCCACGACCGCUCCGUGGCCACGGUGGACAUGGACGGCCGGCUCCGCCCCGACCACAUCUGCACGGCCGAGCACACGGGCACGUCCGCGUCGGCGCCGCUCGCCGCGGGCAUCGCCGCGCUGGCGCUGGAGGCCAACCCGGGGCUUACCUGGCGCGACAUGCAGUACCUGGUGGUGCUCACCUCCCGCUCGGGCCCGCUCCAGAAGGAGGACGGCUGGGUGCUCAACGGCGUCAAGAGGAAGGUCUCCCACAAGUUCGGCUACGGGCUGAUGGAUGCUGGGGCGAUGGUGAGCCUGGCGGAGCAGUGGACCAACAUCCCCCCGCAGCACAUCUGCAAGUCCCAGGAGCUCAACGAAGACAGGCAGAUCGACCAGACGUUCAGCUCGACGCUGACGACGCACGUGGACGUGAACGGCUGCUCCAACUCGCUGAACGAGGUGCGCUUCCUGGAGCACGUGCAGUGCAAGAUCACGCUGCGCUUCUUCCCGCGCGGCAACCUGCGUGUGCUGCUCACCUCGCCCAUGGGCACCACCUCCACGCUGCUGUUCGAGCGGCCGCGCGACGUCACCAACUCCAACUUCGACGACUGGCCCUUCCUCAGCGUGCACUACUGGGGCGAGAAGGCCGAGGGCCGCUGGACGCUGCAGAUCGUCAACAGCGGCAGCCGGCGCGUCAACCAGCCGGGCCUGCUGAAGAAGUGGCAGCUCAUCUUCUACGGAACGGCCACCAACCCCAUCCGGCUGCGGCCGACGGGCGCGCCGGGGGCGUACCCCGCGGCGUCCUUGGCGCGCCCCCAGGCCGCGUCGCAGCUGCCGUUCGCCUUCCCCAGCGCGUCGACGGCGGCCGGCGACGAGUUCGGCGACGCGUACGGCCAGCCGGGCUUCCACAGCUUCUCGGACGUGUACAGCGCGGCGGGCAGCGAGGCGCAGGAGGUGUCCGUGCCCCUCGACGGCGAGGGCAACAGCACCAGCGCCGGCGCGGAGGCCCACUGCGACCCGGAGUGCGACGCGCAGGGCUGCCGCGGCCCGGGACCGGCCCAGUGCGUACGCUGCCGCAACCACCGCAUCGACACGACGUGCGUGGCGGCCUGCCCCCCGCGCAGCUUCCCCGACCGCAGCGGGGCGUGCCGUGCCUGCCACGAGUCGUGCGAAACGUGCGCGGGCGCGGGCCAGGACAGCUGCCUGACCUGCGCGGCGGGUCACCUGCGCAUCACCGACCUCGCCGUGUGCCUGCAGCAGUGCCCCGAGGGCUACUUCCAAGUGACGGACAAGGACGAGUGCGUGCCGUGCGAGCCGAACUGCGCGAGCUGCCAGGAGCGCGCGGACCGCUGCACCAGCUGCGACCACCACCUGGUGCUGUUCGGGGGCCGGUGCCGCGCGGCCUGCCCCGCGCGCACGUACGAGACCGAGGACUACAGUUGCCAGCCCUGCGACGCGAGCUGCGAGACGUGCACGGGCGCGGGGGCAGACCGGUGCGUCACCUGCCAGGCCGGCCACUACGCCCACGACGGCUCCUGCGUGCCGGCCUGCCCGCGCGGCCACUACGGGGACGCCAAGCGGCGCGAGUGCGUGCGCUGCCCGCCGGGCUGCGCUGAGUGUGACGGGUCGGCGUGUCUCGGCUGCACGGACGGCUGGGCGCUGAGCAAGAAGGGGCGGUGCGUGGCGCACGCCGGCGGCAGAUGCGCGGCAACGGGCCAGUUCUGGGUGGAGGGCCGGUGCCAGGCGUGCCACGCGUCGUGCCUGACGUGCGCGGGCCCCUCUGAGGACGACUGCGCGUCGUGCGCCGCGCCGCUGCUGGCCCAGGGGCAGCGCUGCGUGGGGGCGUGCGCGCCGGGCUGGUACCAGGAGCGGGGGGCCUGCGCGCCGUGCCUGCACACCUGCCGGGAGUGCCUGGCGCGCUCCAACUGCACGGCGUGCGCCGCCGGCCUGCACCUGCAGCGCGGGGAGUGCCGGGCCACCUGCGCCGACGGGUACUACAGCGACCGGGGCGUGUGCACCGAGUGCUUCCUGAGCUGCCGGACGUGCAGCGGCCCGCGCAGGGACCAGUGCAUCACGUGCCCGGCCGGCUGGCAGCUGGCCGCGGGCCAGUGCCACCCCGACUGCCCCGCCGGCUUCUUCAAGUCCGACUACGGCUGCCUCAAGUGCCACCACAGCUGCGCCACCUGCCGGGGAGAGGGCCCGCUGCAGUGCACGUCGUGCCCCGACAACUCGGCCCUGGAGGGGGGCAUCUGCGCGGAGUGCCAGCCCUCGCAGUACUACGACGCGCCCACGCAGCUGUGCAAGGGCUGUGAGCCCAGCUGUGCGGCGUGCGGUGGGCCGGGUCCCUUCGCCUGCCGCGCCUGCCGCCCCCCGCUGCACCUCGACCGCUUCAACAGCCAGUGCGUGCCGUGCUGCGCGCCCGGCAGCGACGGUGGCGAGGGCUGCUGCCCGUGCGACCCCGCCACAGGGGAGUGCCGCAACCCGUCGCCCGCGGGCAAGCGGCGGAUAGCAGGUGGCGCGGGAGGGGCGGUGAGUGAGGCGCGCCAGGGGCUGGCGGCGCGGGACUACGCCUCCUUCGCGAGCGUCACGGCGCUCGUGGUGGGCGUGGGCAUCGCCGUGCUGGCCGUGACGGGCAUCGUGUUCCUGGCCCUGCAGAUGCGGCCGACUCCCGGCGCCGGCGCGUGGGGCCGCAGCGAGGGGUACCGCCAGCUGUCCACGGCCGAGCGGAGGCUGGCGCUGGAGGGCAGCGACGGCCGCUCCAGCGACGACGAGGAGGGCGAGGACCUGCUGUUUGCGCGGGCGUGAACUCCGCGCCGCGCCGCGCAAAGACCCACGACCCACCUGCGACACCUGGCACCAAGCGACGAAACUGCUCCGGCUUCCACUCCUUACUUCCCGUCACGAACCAGCAGACAGUCGCAUGUUCCAGUGGCCCAACAAAAAAUAAAUUUACAUAUUUCAAUUUCUUUAUGUCUGUGUAUUUGAGACAAAAGUAUGUGUUUGUUAACAAUGUGUAAGGGAAGCGUUAUUAAGGUACAUAAUUUUUUCAUCUGUGCCUGCAGACGUAAUGCUAAAUAUUUGAUACUUUUUGCCGGGACGUAGGUGAUUUUAAAUUAUUGGUUAUUUGUUUGAUUUUCAAACAAAUCGAAUGAUGGUGACGUUUCCUAGUUCAACCCUUUGCAGUAGAUGUACCAAUGUGCAGAGGUAGUGGUAAAUGUUUGUUUAAUUUUGUAAUUUGAGCCGGUAGAAGGUGAAUAUAUGUACCUGCUGAGGUACUUGUUACUUUCAAUGAUAUUAUACUGUUUGUUAUAAAUGUAAUUAGAUUCAAAAAGUUUCUCUAAAUAUAAUACAUCUGUGCAGGUUGUGAACUGUUUUUUUUUUCUUUUGUUAUUAGCAAAAUAAUUUAUGCACAGAGGAAUUUAUUCAAGUGCCUGGCCUGCAUGGAAAAUUGAUGUGUCAUGUUUUAUUGAAAGAAGAAUGUUUGUUGGCUGAAGUUGCUGUCUAUAGUGACUGCUUUUGCAAUUUACAUUGCAACUCAAACUUUUGCAAAGAAAUGCAUUUAUUUCUCUUCCUUUGAUUUUUAACUGUUUCUACACACUUCUUGAAUGUUAAACUCCAAAAAAAUUUCAGGAUAUAAUUCUUAAUUCUAAAAUGAAACCAUGUAUAUCUGAUAUUGAAAUAUUAAUACUGUAAUUUUUGAAAUAGUUGUUUACUUAAAAGUUAAAAAUAUUAUUUUGAGAUUUUCCUUGAUACUUCCAUCAUAACUUACUGUAGAUACAAUUUACAAACAAUACUUUCCUUGUCAUACUUGUUUUGGCAAUGUAGAAAUGUUGUAGAUAUGUUCAUAGAAAAUAAAUAUUGCAAUAUUUUUCUUAA